CUUUAAACCAAUAGUGGGUCGCCCAAAACUUGGGGUUUUAAUUGUAAGCAGUUCGUUAUCGUCAACGAUUUUAUCUUUUAUCUUCCGAAAAGGUGGGAGCUCUCUUCACACACCUCCAAUUCAUGGCCGUCUGAGUCCGCAGCAUUCCGUAUAACCGCUACUCAAUCAUGGCCUCAACUUCGGCAUCGCUGCACCGCAUACGUGCGCCAGUGCAGCGCGCAAUUGCAAACGUAUCGACCCUCAGCGCCGCCGCAACAACCCGGUCCUACGCCACCAUCCCAACAAACACACCAGACACCACAACCUCCCCAUCCGCCAAACCCGCCCGCCGCCCAACAUACUUCAAAGACACGACGAUAGCCUCCUUCGACGAGUUCCUCUCCAGCAAAUCCUCCUCGACCACCACCCUCUCCCCGUCCGACGCGUACCAGCUACGAACGGCCGAGGUCGGCCCCGCGUCAAACCGGCGGACGAUCACGCGGUUGCCGGAGUGGCUCAAGACGCCGAUCCCGGCGGGCAACGACAACUACAAGCAGAUCAAGCGGGACCUGCGCGGGCUGGGCCUGCACACGGUGUGCGAGGAGGCGCGGUGCCCGAACAUAUCGGAGUGCUGGGGGGGCAGCGACAAGAGCGCGGCGACGGCGACCAUCAUGCUGAUGGGCGACACGUGCACGCGCGGGUGCCGCUUCUGCAGCGUCAAGACGAGCCGCGCGCCGCCGCCGCUCGACCCCCACGAGCCCGAGCACGUCGCCGAGGCCCUCGCCCGCUGGGGCCUCGGCUACGUCGUCCUGACUAACGUCGACCGCGACGACCUGCCCGACGGCGGCGCCCGCCACUUCGCCGAGACCAUCCGCAAGAUCAAGGCUAAGAAGCCGAGCCUGCUCGUCGAGGCGCUGACCGGCGACUUCUUGGGUGACCUGGACAUGGUGAAGGUCGUGGCCGACAGCGGGUUGGAUGUUUACGCGCAUAACAUGGAGACGGUGGAGGGGCUGACGCCGUACGUGCGGGAUAGGAGGGCCACGUUCCGGCAGAGUCUGAAGGUGCUGGAACAUGUGAAGAAGGUGCGCGGGGACGAGGGCAUUAUUACGAAGACGAGUUUCAUGCUCGGGCUUGGCGAGCAGGAGCAGGAGCUCACGGAUGCGCUGAAGGAGCUGAGGAAUGUGGGAUGUGAUGUGGUGACGUUUGGACAGUACAUGCGCCCGACGAAGAGACAUCUGAAGGUCGAGAAGUACGUCACGCCCGAAGAGUUCAAGAUGUGGGAGCAGCGCGCGCUGGAUAUGGGGUUCAUGUACGUGGCUAGCGGGCCGCUUGUCAGGAGCAGCUACAAGGCUGGCGAGGCUUUCAUCGAGAACGUCUUGAGGAAGCGGGCCGACGAGAGAGCAGUGGCUGCUGCCUCGGAGGGCAAAUUAGGACAGACUAUCGCUAUGGAAGGGGCGUAAAAGUGGAUGGCCCUACCGUUUAUUGUUACAUACUACUGUGGACAGUGCCAUCAUGUUCGGCAUGUUUUAUUCAACAUGUAUAACUAACGGGGCUGCUACGAACUUGGAGAAACGCCCAAGGACGGGCAGCAUGGAACUCGGCGUACUUAGAAUUUUUCGGGUUUAGGUAUCGGUACCGUACUCUAUAGAACCGGUCGUUUAUGAAUCUUAUUCAACCAGGAUACGACGACCAAAAAUCCAAACUUAAUGACCACCUAUCUAACAGUUCAGAUGAUAUCGCCCCGAGUCUCCUUCACCGCAUCCCACAGCUCAUCCACUA